AUUAUAAGAAAACUUAAUGUACAAUUAUAGACUUUUUAAUUUCUUAACUUGCUUAACUAUUGAUAAUGUGAUUGGAAUCAUGAUUGGUCCAAAUAGGGGUAAAUAAAUUGCGUAUUUGUGCUCAUCUGGAAAAUACAACUGUGGUAGCUUUUUUGGAUUAUGGUAUUCAGCGUUUGCAUAGUUGUUAGCUUUCUGUGCGUGCUUGUGUCUCAAUGUUAAUGAGAGUGAAGAGUUUGAAGUCUGACGGAGAUGACUGAGAGAUAUUUCUGGGAUGUGCUGCAACAGAUUGAGCGUUGUAGAGGUAUCGUUAUUAAGUAUGCCUAUUUUCUUGAUUAAUAACGCGUCUAUUUCAAAUUGUUUGGGUGAUCUGUCGACGACAUCAAAACCAAGAUGGUGCAUGAGUUGUCGUCUAAUGAAAUGUAAUGGUAGAUGAUCUGCAGACCUGUCUAGGAUUGUCAAACUGCCGAAGUUCGGGAUAGUAAGUGAGUGAUCCGUGAGUUCAUUCCUGUCGUCAACAUAGAAUAUAAAGUGAUAGUCGCAGUGAUCGUCAUUGAGAUUGUAAGCGUGUAGGCUGUUUAUUGGGUUGUCUAUGUCUAUGGGAGAGUAGUAGAUGUGUUGCGAGUGCGUCUCGAAGUCGUAUAGCUGCUGUAGUUGUACUAGUAGAGGAUCCAACUGAGUAUUCAAAUCGCUAAAGUCUAAUCCCUCUUUGGUGUCUUUGUACAACAAACUGAAGAGCAAAUUCAAGCGAUUAUCUUUAUCAAGCAAGCUGUCAUCUGGACUAUCGGCUAUACUAACCAAUAGAGCGCCUAUAAUAGCAAAUAAUAAAAAACUGCAGAUGACUAAUAUUGAUUUAAUCUCAGACAUAAAAUAUAGACCUUCUAGUCGACAGCUCCUCGUUAGCUGCUGGGACAGUUCAAUCAAAUUGCUUGAGAACGACGAAAUAAAAUUAAAUUUUGCUCACACCUCAGCAGUUUUAACGAGUAAUUUUAUAAACAAUAGCACUUUCUACUUUGGUUGCUUAGAUGGAAAUCUAUACGCAUACAAUUUGGAAGCACAAAAGUAUCAGCUACAAUGGCACACGACUGAUCCGAUAUCAGCAUCUACAUACAACAAACAGAAUAACUUAUCUAUUACCGCGUCUUUGAACGGUCAGAUGGCUUUCCUUGAUCCUCGUCAGCAAUCCCCAGUGAAGACAGUCACGUCUUCUAAUAAGAUAUUUGACAUUGACACGUCGUCGAAUUUGUUAGUAUCGGCAAUGUCAAACAGACAGAUAGCUAUAUAUGAUCUAAGGCAGUUAGAUAAGCCAUUACAAAAGAGAGAAUCAAGCUUGAAAUUCAUGACUACUAAUGUGGCAUGUAUGCCAGGUGAUGUCGGAUUCGUUACAUCCUCUAUAGAAGGUAGACUAGCCGUCGAUUACUUUAAUCCGUCGCCAGAAGUACAAGCAAACAAAUAUGCUUUCAAAUCACAUAGACAAGAUGAUACGAUUUACCCAAUAAACGCUUUAGCGUUUAACCCAAUACAUAAUACCUUCGCUACUGGCGGAAGCGACAAGACUGUCAAUUUAUGGGAUCCAAAUGCUAAGAAGCGCAUAAAGAGUUAUUCAAAAUUUAAGAACUCCGUUCAAUCAAUCGCAUUUUCAGAUGAUGGUGAUCAAAUGGCGGUGGCAUACUCUAAGGGUCCUGAAGAAGCUGAACCUGCACAUUCUUCUGAUGAAAUCGGUAUAGAGAUUAAGAACAAUUUGUUGAAUGACGCUAAACCGAAGAAGUUACAAUGAUUUCAGUCUAUUCUUUGUUGCAUUAAAUUAUUCAUUGCGCUUAUAUCCUAAAAGUGUUUAUAAAGGUUCAGGAGUGUUUUUAUCAAUGAAUUGAUCCAUUAUAUGCUCACUAUAUGCUCA